AUGACUCGGCUACUAAACAUUUCAAUUUCUCUAGCCAAAAAAUACUUUGUAAGACUAAAGGUAUUAUACACCAAAGACAAACUCAAACUCCGGGCUAUGCUGGUAUCCAAUAAUUUUGAAAGCCAGAUACGGAACCAACUGAGUAAUGAUACUAUGCUCUGGCUCUGGCUCUGGCAUACAUGA